AUGAUCCAGAGAGUGGCAUUCCAGUCGAUGAUGAAAAUUUGCUCAACAGGAGUAUUUCCUGUCGGUUUGCCUGUACGAGAGGCCUUCCCUGGGGUGCUUGUGCCCGAGGUUCUACCGUUUUCGGCUGCUUCCCGAGAUGGUUUGCUUCCGGGCGAUAUAAUACUUGCGGUCAAUGGAAAUAAACUGCCAAAAGCUGGGCCUAGUGCGGUUUCUGAGCUUGUUGAUGUAAUUAAGAAAAAUCCGAAAAGAAAUGUGUUGCUCAAGAUUGAGAGGGGGGAGGAGGAUUUUCAAAUUGGAGUCACCCCAGAUGAGAAUAUCGAUGGGACUGGUAAAACUGGUGUUCAAUUAUCACCAAAUGUAAAGAUUUCAGAAGUUUUUCCAAAGAAUUUAUUGGAGGCUUUUGCUUAUACUGGGAAGGAAUUGUGGGGUCUUCCAUCUAAUGUUUUGGAUAGCUUAAAACAGACAUUUCUAAAUUUCUCCCUAUCUGCGAGCAAGGUUUCAGGUCCUGUGGCUAUAAUUGCUGUCGGUGCUGAAGUAGCAAGGUCAAAUAUUGAUGGGCUUUACCAAUUUGCUGCAGUGCUUAAUAUUAACCUUGCAGUAAUAAAUCUUCUUCCAUUUCCUGCUUUAGAUGGGGGUUCCUUAGCUUUGAUCCUCAUGGAGGGGGGUGGGAGAAAGCUCCCUCUAGAACUAGAGCAGAGGAUUAUGUCAUCAGGAAUCAUGCUUGUUAUACUCCUAGGGACGUUCCUUGUUAUACGGGACACAUUUAACCUUAAUUUCAUAAAAAAUUUGCCGUGA